CCGGAAAUUGAAGUAAGAGUUACGCAACGGAAAUGCGGUUCUCUUUAUAGAAGCGGAAAUGGUGAGCGAACGUAUGCUAUAGAAUAGAAACAAUUCCAAUUUUAAUUAUGGCUGAAUUUUCGAACAAAGCGGGAAGAAUAGAAAGUCCAGCUAUGGGAUUUUCAGCUUCCGCACCAUUGGAACGAGACUGGUUUUUGGGCAUGCAAGAUAAAUCAAAAAGACAGGAUAUGAAUAAGGCUACCCUUGAAAGCGACACUGUUGAAUCCCCUAUCGCCAGGCAGAAUUCGGGUGCUGAAAUCGCAGAUCGAUUAAGUGAUAGAAGACAUCAAUCCUUACAUUUUGAUGAGAGAAAGCAUGAACAGAGUCCAAGAAAUUCAGAACUAGAAACAUAUUUUCGCUUACGAAGACAUCGAAACCUAAAUCGAAAGAAGCUAUUACUUAAAGCAUUCUUGUUAUCUCUGUAUACCCCAGCUCAAAUUGGCAUUGUGAGUUUAGUUCUACAGUAUAUGCAGUGUUCUAAAGGCCUAGUUUUAUUAUUCUUCAUUAGUUCUUUGUUGUUUGGAAUUGCUCGUUUUUAUUGUCAAUACCGUGCGUGUUUGAUUCCAAACGAAAGUAUAAUUAACGGUAUGUAGAGAAACUACAAGACGAAUUUUGGGAGGAAACAGCAAAGGAGCAUCCAAACUUAGCUAAACUGGCCGCUCUUGGAGGGAUUGAAGCGCUUGAUAUUGGUGCUGCACAACCGGAGAUAGCCAAACAUCAGGUCACUGAAAAAAAGCAUAAUUGACAUUGAAUUAUAAAGGCUCAAUUGAAAUCAGUGGAGAAGAUAUGGGUAUACUUAUAACUAGGCUCGUUUCAUCGACCAUGAAUUUCAUGAAUAUGAGUCGGCAAAUGCAAAGGAAAGACAGGUUGGUCUCCAAAAUGAUUCAAAGAUCUGAAAGAAAAGCGGAUUAUCUCUUAGUUUUCUUCCUUUUACUGUAUUUAUUUAUUACUGCAUAACAUUUUAUAUCGUUAAAUUACUUACAGAAAUGUUACACUUCAC